AUGGGGAGCACGAAGAAGGAAAUGGCCCUGCAGGUCAACAUCAGUACCCAGGAACUUUGGGAGGAAAUGCUCAGUUCCAAAGGACUAACUGUUGUCGACGUCUACCAAGGCUGGUGCGGCCCCUGCAAGCCCGUGGUGAGCCUCUUCCAGAAGAUGAGGAUCGAGGUCGGCCUGGACCUUCUUCAUUUUGCAUUAGCAGAGGCAGACUGUCUUGAUGUCCUCGAAAAAUACAGAGGGAGGUGCGAGCCGACCUUUCUGUUUUAUGCAGGAGGGGAGCUGGUGGCAUUGGUUAGAGGAGCAAACGCCCCUCUGUUGCAGAAAACCAUCCGAGAGCAGCUGCAGGCUGAAAAGAGGGUGCUGGCCGAAGGCAGAGAACGGAGAGUGAUUAAAGAUGAGGCUCUUUCUGAUGAAGAUGAAUGCUUUUCCCACGAAAAGGAAGAUGGUGACGAUGAGGAUGCGGUGUCAUCAGAGAGGGCCUGCACCUUGGCAGUCAUUAAACCAGAUGCGGUGGUCCAUGGGAAGACGGAUGAGAUUAUCAUGAAGAUCCAGGAAGCUGGGUUUGACAUUUUAACAAAUGAAGAGAGAACCAUGACAGAAGCAGAAAUGCGACUCUUCUACCAACACAGAGCCGGAGAGGAGGCAUUUGAGAAGCUGGUACAUCACAUGUGCAGUGGACCGAGCCACCUCCUGAUCCUCACCAGGGCUGAGGGCACCGAGGAUGUGGUCACCGCCUGGCAAGCCCUCAUGGGACCCUGUGACCCCGCUGUGGCAAGGAGGGAGCAGCCUGACAGUCUCCGGGCUCAGUAUGGCACAGAAAUGCCCUUUAAUGCGGUCCACGGAAGCCGGGACUCGGAAGAUGCCCGCCGGGAAGUGGCACUGCUCUUCCCCAGUUUUAAGUUUUCAGACCAGGUUCCGGAAGCCCCUCUGGGCCUCGAGGUCGAAGGAGAGGGCCCCAGUGAGGCGCUGUGCACCCCCGAGGACGUGGACAAGGCGGCCUGCGACCAGGCUGAGGCCCAUGAGGCCCUCUGUGCUGGCACCGGGGACAGGAUGAGUCAGGCUGCAGAAGAUGGAAACACGCCUGCCCAUUGUGCUCAGCGCAUCAGCACAGGCCUCUGUGAGAAACACCCAGUGGAGCCCUCCCUGGGGCUGUGCUCUUCCCUUUGUGAGUGGCCUCGAGACGGGGACUCGGUUGGCGUGUUCACCUCAGAGCUGGCAACAGAGCCCGACGCCUGGUCUUCCACACCACAGGUGCUGUGUGGCUCUGGACCUCGCUUCCUGGCAGCGAUGCCUUUGAACUUCGCAGAGCAAAGGGAAAAGCGAGGCUGGCUGUACCUUCAAACAGUCAAGUGCAACCCCGUUGAGUUCACCUUGAAGCGGACCCAGAACUUGGAGCGUGUGCCAAGCUGA